AUGAGACGUCGCGAGAGACUCGGUGUUGCCAUCGCCAUGAGUCUUGGGGCUAUUGCGGGAGCUUGUGGAAUUGUAAAAGCUGUUCUGGUCGUAUCGAUGACUAGCACGGAUAUCACAUACGAUCGUGUCGACCUCACCAUCUGGACUUUGACAGAACCAGCCGCCUCCAUCAUGGCUGUCUCGAUUCCCGUCCUGAGAAUGCUGUAUCGCGAGCUGAAGUCCGCUUCGAGAAGUUAUGGAAGGAGCAGAUCACAGACGAAUGCCCUCGAGACGGCGAAGACGGCCAGGACGAAGCGAUAUGGACAGGGCACGCAUUACGGACGGAACUCUGUCGUCGUCAUGUCGACGACGGGAUGGCAAGAAUCACAAGAAGCCUUGCAAGAUGUGGAAAGCGGCCAGACUACGCCGCGAGGGAUUAUGAAAACAGAAGAAGUCAGGAUACGGCACGAGAGGAUGCCACCUGCAGGCGACAGCAAGAGCUCCAUUGAGCUUGAUACUUUUCGGUAG